UUGCGGCAAAUUAUACUCUCAGCAUUAUCCAAACAAACACGAGCAGCAACAGUAGUUCAUCAAUGGCGGCUCUCAACGUUUGCUUCUGUUCCAAACUCCCUCCAUUUUCGAGCCCAACUAAACCCCUCCCUCUCCGACGAAAUUCUCCCUCUCAAUUCGAAACCGUCGCCCCUUCUUCCCUCCUACGCUAUUCUGCGCCGCAGGGUGCUCAAAUUCGGAGCAGUUUAUCUUCAUUAUGUGAAUCGAUCUCGAAAGCAAGCGUUCUAGCACUGUUAUCUGCUUCAAUCGUCUUUGCUUCAGAUCCCGCUCUUGCUUUUAAGGGAGGAGGACCCUAUGGUGCUGGAGUGACCAGGGGGCAGGAUCUCACUGGGAAGGAUUUCAGUGGCAAAACUUUAAUCAAGCAAGAUUUCAAGACGUCGAUACUAAGGCAAGCGAAUUUCAAAGGUGCCAAGUUAUUAGGGGCCAGCUUCUUCGAUGCUGAUUUAACAGGAGCCGAUCUUUCUGAUACUGAUCUUAGAGGUGCAGAUUUCUCUCUGGCAAAUGUAACAAAGGUUAAUUUGAGCAAUGCCAACCUCGAAGGAGCACUUGCAACAGGCAAUACAUCUUUCAAGGGUUCAAUUAUCACAGGUGCAGACUUCACAGACGUGCCGUUGAGAGAUGACCAACGGGUGUACCUCUGUAAAGUUGCCGAUGGGGUGAACCCAGUAACAGGUAAUGAAACAAGAGAGACAUUGCUUUGUAAGUAACAUUUAACACAUCGUUUUGGAGGUAAAAUUCGAAUGAAGAAACCGUGACAUGGGCUUUUCUGCCAGUAAAUUUUCUGUAUAGGUUAAAGUUUGAUCUUUAAAAAAGCUUUUGGAAUUAUUUUUUCGGACAUUGUUUUUCGACAUUCGAAAUAUAUUAUAUAUACAUGUUUCAAUAAAAUAAAAAUCCAAUUAUA